CCGGUCCCUCUCCAGGCCGUGCCCUGAGCGGAUGGCUGGACCAGGCGGUGCCCGGGCCUCCCACCAUCCUCGCGUUGUCCCUUUGUGAUCCCCCGGCACCUCUGGAGGCUCUGGAGAUACAGCCAGAAUUUUUUGUUCACAUGGCAGCAGCAAACUCUACUCCGCCUGGCUCUUUGGAUCUAAACCAGCCUGGAUUUGCGAAGGAGAUCCUGGGAACUAAACUGGAGGUCAAAUACCUCUGCUCAGAUUGCAAGAAUAUAUUGAGGAGGCCAUUUCAAGCUCAGUGUGGACAUCGCUACUGUUCCUAUUGUCUGAAGAAAAUUAUAAGUGCUGGACCUCAAAAGUGUGCCAGCUGUAUUCAGGAAGGGAUAUACGAAGAAGGGAUUUCUAUUUUGGAAACAAGCUCGGCUUUCCCAGACAAUGCAGCUCGGCGGGAGGUGGAAAGUCUGCCUGCUGUCUGUAUUAACAGUGGCUGCACUUGGAAGGGGACUAUUAAAGAAUAUGAGGCUCAUGACGAAGUCUGCCCUGAAUUUCCACUGACUUGUGAAGGCUGUGGGAAGAAGAUCCCAAGGGAGAAGUUUCGGGACCAUGUGAAAAUUUGUGGCAGAUCUAAAGUGCCUUGCAGAUUUGAGGUUGUCGGGUGUGCUGAGGUGGUGGAAAAUGAAAAGCUACUAGAACAUGAAAGCAAGUGUUUGGCGGAGCAUCUCUACAUGCUACUGAGUUUUGUGCUCAGCCUCAAGGCUGGGUCUGGAGACCUAAAGCCCCUUCCUGCCCUUUCCUCAUCACAAAACAACUCCCCACUGCUGGCAGCAAGCUCUCUGUGCUCAGAGUCAGAGCUCUCCAGGUCCCUGGAGCUCUUGGGAAGAUGUGAGGCUCUUGAGAGGAAAACGGUGACCUUUGAGAACAUUGUCUGUGUGCUCAAUCGGGAGGUGGAAAGAGUGUCUCUAACAGCUGAAGCCUACAGUCGGCAGCAUCGACUAGACCAGGAGAAAAUCGAAACACUGAGUAACAAGGUCCGCCAGCUGGAAAGGAGCAUUGGGCUCAAAGAUCUGGCCAUGGCUGAGAUGGAGGAAAAGAUCCGCAACAUGGAAGCUUCCACCUACGAUGGUGUUUUCAUCUGGAAGAUAACAGAAUUUGCCAGGAAGCGUCAGGAGGCGAUAACAGGCCGCUCUCCUGCAAUCUUCUCUCCAGCUUUCUACACGAGCAAGUACGGCUACAAGAUGUGUCUGCGUGUUUACCUGAAUGGGGAUGGCACCGGGCGAGGGACCCACCUGUCCUUGUUCUUUGUGGUGAUGAAAGGACCCAACGACGCACUCCUGCGGUGGCCCUUCAACCAGAAGGUAACCCUGAUGCUCCUGGAUCAGAACAACCGGGAGCACAUCAUUGAUGCCUUCCGACCCGACGUGACAUCCUCCUCCUUUCAGCGACCCAUCACAGAAAUGAACAUUGCCAGCGGCUGCCCGCUGUUCUGCCCCGUCUCCGUGAUGGAAGCCAAGAACUCCUACGUGCGUGAUGACGCCAUCUUUAUUAAAGCCAUCGUUGAUCUCACAGGCCUCUAACCCUCCUCACCUCCGGGAGCAGUGAACGCAGAGCCAGCCCCAGGUGGGGCAUCCCCCUCUUCAGGCAGGUCUCGGAGCAAGGAGGGGGCAGAAAGCAGAAGGGGAAAAGCCCUUCCCAAAAAAGGGACCUUCACUCUGAGUGGAAACAAGGUGUCUGAUGGGAACCCUCUUCCCUGGUGUCAGAGAGACCUUCCCUGAGAAGAGGUUUGCAUGGACGUUCACAGUCUACAGGUACAAGAAGAUCUCCUGCAGGGACUUGGGUGUCCGAACUGCCGCUGUCUGGGCUCCCAGUGGAAAUCAGUGCAGCUCUUGCUCUACCAGUUUAGUGCAGAUCUGCAGUGCUCUGUAGUAAAACAAGGGUUUGGCCCGACCAAGCACCACCUUGUGUGGAUGUUUGGCUCAGCCACCUAGGAUUUUCUGCAGAGAUCUCUGUGUUCCUGGAAGUUUUGUGUGCUGCAGGGUUGCUGUUGCUCUGUGCUGCUGGCUGGUCUGUGCCUCGGUGGACAGGAGGGCUGCAUGGCAGGCUCACUGCAGGCUGGGUCAGAGGUGCAAACAGUUUUCCUGAUGUUUUAAUGACAUCAGUGUCCUCAGAGGUGCUGAGCUGUGUGGCCAGAGGGGGUGUGGUACCCCGAGUCUGGCCCUCCCUGUGGCCUGGGAGGGAGUGUGGGGUAGCACUGGGGAUGCCCAUGGUGAAAGAGAAGUGACUGUCCCCUGGAGACUGCUUGUCUUGUCCCAGGAGAGGAGGGUGAUGCAGGGCUCAGUGCAGGAUGUCACACCCCUCAACCCCAAGAGCCCCAGGUGAGUUUUUAGCCAGACCCUGCCAUUCUCUGCCUGCCCGUGCCUGAGGCAGAGGUGGGCAGGAUGGUGGCAGUGCUGGCAGGUGUCUUUACUCACACACAGAUGCUCCUGAGCUGGCUUUCAGCCCCAUUGUGGGGCAGCUGCAGCAGCACAGGCACACCAGCCUUCCCAGGGCCUUCUCCAGCGGCCAGGCACGUGCAGCUGCAGCUCCACUGCUGUCUGCACCUACGCUGCUGCCAUCCGACUGCAUGGGCGCUGUCACCUCUGCAGCUGCCUGCACAGAGAGC